GCACAUAAUAGUGUAUAGCUUUUUCCCAGGAAGUUAUGGUCGUGCCCUUCUUCAACUUGGCUCACAAAAAACAAAACAGCCAUGGUAGAAGCUAAGAUCAAAAAGCCUCCUAACACCUCUCUCGUUCACUCCCGAUUAUUUCUCUACGGGUUUUACUGCUGGGGUUGGGAGUUCCUCAGUGCUCUUCUUCUCUUUAGUUGUUCCGUCUAGAUCAACCACACACCCUUGAUAAAGGAUUAUACAGUUCUAUUUCCACAACCCAUACUUGUUCUUUCUUUCUGGGAUUUUUAAUAUAAUUAUUUUAGUAGCGAGAGUCUUCUGUACCGUUUUUCUUUUUCAAAAUGGUGCAGCGGUCGGUGCCGGCGCCGUUUUUGUCGAAGACGUAUCAGUUGGUGGAUGAUCGGAGCACCGACGACGUGAUAUCUUGGAAUCAAACGGGUACAACCUUUGUGGUCUGGAAAACUGCGGAUUUUGCGAGGGAUUUACUGCCUAAAUACUUCAAGCACAACAACUUUUCUAGCUUCGUCCGCCAACUUAAUACUUAUGGCUUCCGAAAGACGGUGCCCGACAAAUGGGAAUUUGCCAAUGAAAAUUUCCGGCGAGGAGAAAAGGAGUUGCUCACUGAAAUCCGUCGCCGGAAGACUAUCACCCCAAUUAUAACUCCAAACCAGGCCGCCGGAAAAUCCACCACCGGCGGUGCUCCUUCGUCAUCAAAUUCCGGCGAGGACCUAGGCUCAACAUCAACCUCAUCUCCCGACUCCAAGAACCCAGGGUCAGUGGAGACGGCACAAUUCGCCGACUUAUCGGACGAGAAUGAGAAGCUAAAAAGGGAGAAUCAGAUGCUGAACACUGAGCUUUCGCAGACCAAGAAGCAGUGCGAUGAGCUUGUAAGUUUUCUCACCCAGUACCUGAAUGUCGCGCCUGAUCAGAUCAAUCGCAUCGUGAGCCAAGGAACCUGUGGGUCCAGCCUUGAUGCUAUGACUGGUGAGGGCGGUGACGAUGCUGUAGAAAAUGAUCUUGAUGAUGAUGACGAAAAUGAAGAAAGUUUGAAACUUUUUGGGGUGUGGAUGAAAGAGAAGAAGAAAAAGAGGGGUCGUGAUGAGAAUAUGGGUUUUUCUGGGGCUCAUAGGAAAGAGUUAAAGACUCUUGGAUGA